AAGUUAUUAAAACUUUGAACUUCUAUCGAAUUCAAUUAGUUUUCCGGCUUCUUCCUCUUGAGCAGUUUCAAAUCAAAAACAAAAAAAUAACUAAAAAACAAUGAAGUGCAUCAGUGUUUUGGCUUACUUUUCGUGCAUUCUAAGUGUUGGAUUAUCAUAUGGCAACUCUAUUGUUGAUAAGGCCUACUCCGAAGUAAUGUACCAUAACCAAGAAACAAUGAAAAAUAUGAGGAGUAUGCUCCCAUGGAAUUUGGCUGGCCCUAUUUAUUGUUAUGAUGAAUUUGCAAACAAUAACGGUGAUUUGUUAUCUGAUUUUCGAUAUAAUACAAAGGCUUGUGAUGGAAACGCCCACUACAAAAGAGAGUCCUAUUUGACGGAAAUUGAUGGGAUUAAGGAACGUGCCGAAAUUGAAGAACGCACUUCGCAGAUAAAAAACUUCUUCGAUGAUUGUUCGAUUCCAAAAGGAAUAGAUUUUUACAAUUGUAUGAGUGGACAUGUAGAUUUUGGUAUAGAGGCAAUGCAGGACAUAAAAGCCAUUUCUAGGAGCGUUAUAAGUUCUAAUUUUAAUCAGACAGCUGCAAUUAAUGAUGAAGAACAAAAAUGUCUCACGGAUGCAGUGGAGAUCUUUAAGUCUUCUAGUGACCAAUUACUCAAUGAUUUGAAAAAUUGUCUUGGCAAUUAAGUUUUUAAUUUUACUAUUAGUGCCAUGUGGAACAUUUUCAUAAAAAAAAAGUAUAUUUUAAAUAAAAUUUAAUAAAUGAACAUUAAA